UCCGCGUCGCUCAGUUGGAGUUCUUCUCCGCAAUUCAGGGAGCGUGAGGCAAUGCGAAUUCACCUGCUGGAGCACUGUGAUCACGCUGCGGGGGAACCGAAGUUGAUGUUAGAAUAAUAAAAUAUGGUUUUCGCCACAUAAUGUUUGGGAUUAAGGACUCUCAGUUUUUAUGUGGAUUAUUGAGAAUGCAGAUCAAUUAGAAACAUCCAAGAGCAACUGAAGGAAAGCGAUGCAACUCGCUCCCUUCCACCAAACCUCGCGACGAAAGAGGUUUUUUUAUUUUUCUUUGGGAAUAUAUGCGCAGAGUGGAAAAGGAUUUGGGAAGAUUUGCGUACCUUUGGGAAACAAACCCAGUUUCGAUUAGAAAUAGGAGGAACUAGGGAGUUAAAACAGCAGAAGGAGGUAGUACAUAUCGGACUACUGAAUGCUAUUUCCCUUCCAGACAAAUCGUUUGCAUUCUCGUGACAAACUUAAGGAGUAGACACCCUCGGAAAAAAAUGGAAAGAACAUCAACGGAUAACAGCGAUGAUUUGGAUUUUCUGCAUGUGGGAGUAAAUAUUUAAUUUUUUGGUCUAAAUGAACAAAUCGAUUGGCAAAAUACGAGAAAGACUCAGAAUUAUCACUGAGUUUUGGCUCGUAAUGUAAUUGGCUGCAGACAAGUCAUUUUGUGGACGGUUAAGCAGAGGUUAUGUAAUGCAAGAACUGAGAAUGACAUCUCCUUGUCACAGAGCUGCAAACUGGAAUUUUGCCUCAAUUUGAUUAGACGCUGUUUUCCUAUAGGAUCUUUUUUGAAAAUCAACGUCGCUCUUUUUUUAGUGCCCUGCGGCACGCAAUUUUGAUGUCAGAGGAGGCUGCCGCUCCGUCACCAUGACGACUGAUCAGUGUCCCGUGCCGCUUGGCGUGAGCCAGGUGGGGGCGGGGCUGUGCGAGGACUUCGUCCCCUCUCAGGGAGAUGACAUCAUCGAGGAGGUGGGGCCAUGCGAUGAUGCAGGAAGUGACCUCAGCACUUUGGUCGUGCCAUUUCCCGAGUUGGCGCCAGUGGUUUUCUUCUGCCUCAAGCAGACCACUUGCCCACGCAACUGGUGCAUUCGCAUGGUGUCGAACCCAUGGUUCGAGCGCAUCAGUAUCAUGGUGAUCCUGCUGAACUGCGUCACUCUGGGAAUGUACCAGCCCUGCGAGAACAUCGACUGCACCUCAGAGCGCUGUCAGGUUCUACAGGCAUUUGAUGCAUUUAUCUACAUUUUCUUUGCACUGGAGAUGGUGGUGAAGAUGGUGGCUCUAGGGAUCUUUGGCCGUCGCUGUUAUCUUGGCGAUACUUGGAACAGACUGGACUUUUUUAUCGUCAUGGCAGGGAUGGUGGAAUACUCCCUUGAUCUCCAGAACAUCAACUUCUCCGCCAUCAGAACAGUGCGUGUACUCAGACCUCUCAAAGCCAUCAACAGAGUACCCAGUAUGCGUAUCCUGGUGAACCUGCUGCUGGACACUCUACCCAUGCUGGGAAAUGUGCUUCUGCUCUGUUUCUUUGUCUUCUUCAUUUUUGGCAUCAUUGGCGUGCAGCUGUGGGCUGGACUAUUAAGAAAUCGCUGUUACCCAGAGGAGAACUUCACCCUCACAUCUGGCAUCACCCUCCCCGCCCCAUAUUAUCGGCCUGAGGAGGAUGACGAGCGGCCCUUCAUCUGCUCUCUUGCUCAGGAUAAUGGCAUCAUGUCCUGCAACGAUGUGCCAGCUCGGAGAGAGGGCGGACGGGAGUGCUGUCUAGAUAAAGAGGACGCGCUGCACCGUCAGGCCCUGGGUCUGAGUACGGAGCCGCUGGUCAAUGGCAGUGCCUCUGCAGUGGGACUCUGUGUGAACUGGAACCAGUACUACACCCGCUGUCAUACAGGACACACCAACCCACAUAAAGGAGCGAUUAGUUUUGACAACAUAGGUUACGCAUGGAUCGUCAUAUUUCAGGUGAUCACGCUAGAGGGUUGGGUGGAGAUCAUGUACUACGUCAUGGACGCUCAUUCCUUCUACAACUUCAUCUACUUCAUAUUCCUCAUCAUCAUUGGAUCUUUCUUCAUGAUUAAUCUGUGCCUGGUGGUCAUUGCCACUCAGUUUUCAGAGACCAAACAGCGAGAGCACCAGCUGAUGCAAGAGCAACGUGCUCGCUACCUAUCCUCCAGCACACUGGCUUCACUUGUUGAGCCCGGAAACUGUUACGAGGAACUCUUCCAGCUUGUCUGCCACAUCCUACGCAAGGCCCGCCGUCGCUCAGCCGCCCUUUACUAUAUGCUCCGUGGCAAAGCCCCUCCUCCUGGGGGAGGGAAGGGGCGUGGCAAAGGAGGUGCUGGAUCGACAGGGGGAGGAGCUAAUGUGAAUGGUGGAGAAAGACAUCACUGCCGUUCAGCUCAGAAGCCUCACUGUAUUCACGAAACCAAGUUGGACCACAGCUCCCAAACUCUAGAAAAUGCCAUCUCCCUCUCCAUCACCCCAAACCCAGAGGAGUGUCCACAGUGUGCUGCAGCCCCGUCACUCAAGGAGGGGGAGGGGUCGACGGGGCAUUCGGCCAAUGGGGAGGAAGUGGAGAGUGCGCUCGAUGAGACCGACAGGGAUGACAACCACUUGGAUGAGCGGGGGGAUGAAGACACACUGAAGAGUGAACGCACCUGUUUCGGGAAAUGUAAAGACAUCUGGGAUGAAAUGAGAGUGAAGCUUUGGGGUAUCGUCGAAAGCAAGUACUUCAACAGAGGGAUUAUGAUCGCCAUCCUCAUCAAUACAAUCAGCAUGGGCAUCGAGCACCAUAACCAGCCUGAUGAACUGACUGAUGUCCUGGAGAUUUGUAACAUCGUGUUUACCAGUAUGUUCACCCUGGAGAUGAUUCUCAAACUCACUGCCUUUGGCUUCUUUUCAUAUCUGAGAAAUCCCUAUAACAUCUUUGAUGGCAUUAUUGUGAUCAUCAGUGUAUGCGAGAUCGUUGGGCAGUCUGACGGGGGUCUGUCCGUCCUGAGGACUUUCAGAUUGUUGAGGGUCAUAAAGCUGGUGCGGUUCAUGCCAGCUCUGCGCAGACAGCUGGUGGUCCUGAUGAAGACCAUGGAUAAUGUGGCCACCUUCUGCAUGUUACUAAUGCUCUUUAUCUUCAUAUUCAGUAUUCUGGGAAUGCACAUAUUCGGCUGUAAGUUCAGCCUGAAGACAGAGGCUGGGGACACGGUUCCUGACAGAAAAAACUUCGACUCCCUGCUUUGGGCUAUUGUCACGGUGUUUCAGAUCCUAACUCAAGAGGACUGGAACAUGGUUUUGUAUAAUGGCAUGGCCUCUACCUCCCCCCUGGCAGCGUUAUACUUUGUCGCGCUCAUGACUUUUGGAAACUACGUUCUGUUCAAUCUGCUUGUGGCCAUUUUAGUUGAAGGAUUUCAGGCUGAGGGCGAUGCUAACCGUUCCUACUCAGAUGAUGACAGAUCCUCCUUUAACUUAGACGAAACCGAGAAAAAGGACUCACUCCAGCUGUCAGAUCCCAAGAUUUCAACUUUGACCCCUAAUGGGCAUCUGGAUUUGGCACCUGCACCCAACGCCAGAGGCUUGUACCCAUCUGAAAGGCAGAGCUUUUCCUUGGGUUCCCGCAAGAGCAGCAUGAGCUCUCUGGGCAGGGCUAGCCUGGAGCAGACGACGUUGUGUCCGGGGCGAGGCUCUCUAUACCACAAUUGGGGACGGCCUGCACGACCCGGUAUAUGGAGUCGCAGGUCGAGUUGGAACAGCUUGGGUCGAUCUUCUAGAUGCCUGGGGAUGGGGGGUGGAGGUAGUUUACGGGUUCGCAGCCCUCACUCUCGUCCCGCUGAGCAGGAGUCCCUGCUGUCUCCUCCACCCCCUCCGCUGCAUCCGCCCCUACUGUCUAGACACUUCGUCCCGCGCAGAGAACGACGUGCUCUCUCUUUGGAGCUUCCGGAGCUGCUGCAGGUACCCGGACCAGCCCUGCCUCCUCUGCACCCCCGGCAACGCAAGAAGAGCUUCUCUGGGGGUCUGGGAAGCGUUGGAGAGCACCAGGACUGUAAUGGAAAGACGCCAUCAGUCCAACCACAAAUCAUCAAUGAAGUCUACCCUCAGGUCAAUACACGCAAGGAAAGGGAGGAUCUGGACGAUGAGCUGGAUUAUAGUUUAUGUUUCCGGAUCCAGAAGAUGAUGGAGGUGUACAGACCAGACUGGUGUGAGACCAGAGACGACUGGUCUGUCUUCCUCUUCUCUCCUCAAAACAAAUUCAGGUUGUUGUGCCAGUCCAUCAUAGCCCAUAAGCUGUUUGACUAUGUGGUGCUGGCCUUCAUCUUCUCAAACUGCAUCACUGUGGCUCUAGAGAGACCCAAGAUUCUUCAGGGUAGCCUGGAGAGGCUUUUCCUUACCGUGUCCAAUUACAUUUUCACUGCCAUAUUUGUGGGGGAGAUGACUCUCAAGGUGGUGUCUAUGGGUUUGUAUAUUGGAGAGCAGGCAUACUUGCGCAGCAGCUGGAACGUUUUGGAUGGUUUCCUGGUGUUCGUAUCUUUGAUUGACAUUGUUGUGUCAAUGGCGGGUGGGGCUAAGAUCCUGGGAGUGCUCAGGGUUCUCAGGCUUCUGCGCACACUGCGUCCCCUCAGGGUUAUCAGUCGAGCUCCUGGCCUCAAACUGGUUGUGGAGACUUUGAUCACUUCUCUGAAACCUAUAGGAAACAUAGUUCUCAUCUGCUGUGCCUUUUUUAUCAUCUUUGGCAUCCUGGGAGUCCAGCUUUUCAAAGGCAAGUUCUACUACUGCUUGGGCCUGGAUGUCAAGAACAUCACCAACAGGUCUGACUGCAUCUCGGCCAAUUACAAGUGGGUCCAUCACAAGUACAACUUUGACAACUUGGGGCAGGCUCUGAUGUCCCUGUUUGUGCUGGCAUCGAAGGACGGCUGGGUCAAUAUCAUGUAUCAUGGUCUGGAUGCAGUGGCAGUGGACCAGCAGCCCAUAACCAAUAACAACCCCUGGAUGCUGCUGUACUUCAUCUCCUUCCUCCUGAUUGUCAGUUUCUUCGUGCUGAACAUGUUUGUUGGAGUAGUGGUGGAGAACUUCCACAAGUGCCGACAGAACCAGGAGGUGGAAGAGGCCAAGAGGAGAGAGGAGAAGAGACUGAGACGCAUGGAGAAAAAGAGACGAAAGGCCCAGAAGUUGCCCUAUUAUGCCAGUUACAGUCAUGUGCGACUGAUGAUCCACACUCUGUGCACCAGUCACUACCUGGACAUCUUCAUCACCUUCAUCAUCUGUGUGAAUGUUGUGACUAUGUCACUGGAGCACUACAGCCAGCCUCAUUCUCUGGAGAUCACUCUCAAGUACUGUAAUUAUUUCUUCACCAGCACCUUUGUGCUGGAGGCUGUCCUGAAGCUCAUCGCGUUUGGCUUCCGACGUUUCUUCAAAGACAGGUGGAACCAGCUGGAUUUAGCUAUAGUGCUGCUGUCAGUCAUGGGCAUCAUACUGGAGGAGAUUGAGAUCAGUGCAGCUCUGCCCAUCAACCCCACCAUCAUACGCAUCAUGAGGGUCCUACGCAUCGCACGUGUGUUAAAGCUGUUAAAGAUGGCCACGGGAAUGAGAGCGCUGCUGGAUACGGUAGUCCAAGCCCUGCCACAGGUGGGGAACCUUGGCCUCCUCUUCAUGCUGCUGUUCUUCAUUUAUGCUGCACUGGGGGUGGAAUUGUUUGGAGAGCUGGUGUGCAACCAGGACUACCCAUGUGAGGGCAUGAGUCGUCACGCCACCUUUGAGAACUUCGGCAUGGCGUUCCUCACCCUCUUUCAGGUCUCCACUGGUGAUAACUGGAACGGCAUAAUGAAGGACACUCUUCGAGAAUGCCCGCAGGGUGAAUACACCUGUAAUCCCAGCCUGCAGUUCAUCUCUCCUAUGUACUUUGUGAGCUUUGUGCUCACGGCCCAGUUUGUGCUCAUCAAUGUGGUUGUGGCGGUACUUAUGAAACACCUGGAUGACUCUAACAAAGAAGCCCAGGAGGAGGCAGAGAUGGAUGCUGAGAUAGAGAUGGAGCUAGCCCAGGGAGCGCUCUGCUGCAUCUUAGGAGGGGUGGCUGGAGCCGAUAAGAGCGGUGGGGGGCAUCAGGGGGCUGGUCCCAGCUCUACUGCUCUACCUUACUCCCACGAGCCCAACACUGGCAGGAAACACAACUCACCGGCCCAGGAGAACUUGUGGCUGGACAGUGUAUCUCUGCUUAUCAAAGAUUCAUUUGAAGGAGAGAUGCUGAUGAUUGACAACCUCUCUGGUUCUGUCUUCCAUCAUUACUCCUCUCCACCUGUUUGCAAAGACUGCAGGACUCAUCCGCAAGAGCAGAUCCACAUGGCUGAACUGGAGCAGGCGUCUCUGAGGUCAGAGCAGCUUUCAGAUAAGUCAUCCUCACCAGCACUGCCUGAUGACCUCAGCCUGGAUGAGCAGAGCGUGUACCAGAUGACUGCCAAGGAGGGCAAGGAAAGAGGCUGUGAUGAAUGUGUAACUUCAGAAGAACCAGGAGGGAGAGGUCACAGCAGGUUACGGCGACCCUCUCGGGUUCACAGCUCCGGGGCAGAGGAUGGGUCAGAAACGCAUGGAGGCGGUUCUCAAAGUCCACAUCACAACACACCUGCUCGUCAUAGCAUAGGUGGAGUUCCAUGUAGCAGCAGUAAUCAAGAGUACCCAGAGGUUUCUGAAGGUUCAAGUCGCUCUAACACUCUUAUUCGUCUCCCAGCUGAAUUCUUCCACCCAGCUGCCGCAGUCCUCCCUGCACCCUCGAGAGGCCGACUGGGACACAAACCAAGAGGGCUCCGUCUAACUUCCCCAGCCUCAUGGGCAUCUCUACGCUCUCCUGGAGCAAACACCAGGCUUCUCACCACACAGUAUCCAUCUCACAGUGACUCCUCCCUGGCUACGGGCAGCUCAGAGGGCAGUCUACCGACCACCAUGGAAGAAGGGCUCAGUUUCAUCUUAUCCACCCCCCAGCCCCUGCUGGACACCCUCCUCGACGAGCGCGCUAGUUUCUCCACAGAGACCCUGAGACCCAGUCCUCCAGCCGCCCAGAACCUCCAACCAACGAGGGGGCACCGGCGCAGCAAGAGCAACUGUGAAAAGAACAUCCGUGCAGGAAGCACUCAGCAAGGCUCUGAUGCGGAUGUGGGGAUGGUACGGUGCGGCUUUAACCAGACAUGUGACAGCCAGCAGCUCUCGGAGUCACCGAGCAGCCUGUCGCUCACGUCACUGCUUCUACCGAGCUCUCUAGCGCCCCCAUCUGUGAAAAAGUGCAACAGCACGGGCAGCUUAGACCAGGGAACUCUCACAGCCCAAGAAAAUAUGUUUUCAAAAGAGCCACUGGGUAAUAUCGCAAGUCCCUGGAAAGAAAGGAAGGAAGGAGGAAGAGAGAGGCAGUUGCAGGCAGCACAUGGAAAAGACGCAGAAAGUACAAGCCAAAUAACAAUCGUGGGCUCUAGAAAAAAUAGAUGAAACUCUACCUAGAGUUAGUCCUUUCUAAAGCCCACUACUCGAUCUCUGUUUUUUUUUCAGGGAGCAGUUUGACAUGUGGCAUUCCAUCUCAAAAGUCUUUCUCUCUCUAACUCCCUGUUUUCAUUUGUGACCUGUUACCAUUUUGUAUUUGCUCGUGGUAAUCGUCCGACAGGACUGUAGAGAAAAUGGAUGGAGAGACUUGAGAGAAGCAGUUUGGCCCCUCAGUGCAUGACUAGGGAGAAAGCUCAAUCAGCUGCCUGAAGGAUCAGGUCAGGAAACAACGUACUGUACACGUAGAGCUUUCCAAAUGCUGGAAUGCUAGGAGUUUUCUUCAAAUACAAAAGUAUAUAUAGAGAAACUGAAAA